ACACCAAUCCCCCUAAAUCCGUUAACUGCUCGCGUUGGCCAUUUUGUCACGGCAGGGGUGUCCCUGCUAACUUGAAGUCGCUUCAUAGACGCCCUUCCGUGCAAAACUGCUUCGCUGUCCGUCCAUCCGCUCGGUGAGUGAACGCGCAGCAGCGCCGGGCAAUCAGCUGUGUCGAUGACGGCAGCGGCGGUGGGAGGGGAGCCGAGCAGGAAGAGCUUCCCAGAGGGAAGUGCAAACAUCCGAGGGGACAGCAGCGAGUGAGUGUGCGGGCAUGGAACCGCAGAGAGCCCAGCUCCUAAUCUGACAUAUUGUAAUGCGAGGUGGGCACCGCUUGAACGGCAGGGAGAGUGGAGAAGGAGAAGACGACGACGAUGAAGGAGGCCAAGGGCUGCGGCAUGCGCUGCGCGGUGGGCUUCUUGUCCCACCGCAGCAUCCGCGAGGCGCCGCUUCUCAAGGAGGAGUUUCAGCGGCGCAGGCUGGCUGGGUGCACCAGUCUCUACAAGAAGGACAUGAUGGGACAUUUUGGAUGUGUCAACGCAAUCGAGUUUUCCAAUAAUGGAGGGGAAUGGCUGGUGUCGGGGGGUGAUGACCGCCGAGUGCUUUUGUGGCACAUGGAGAAAGCAAUCCAUUCUCAGGCAAAGCCUGUGAAGCUCAAAGGUGAACAUCUCUCCAACAUCUUCUGCCUGGCAUUUGACAGCACCAACAAGCGCAUCUUUUCUGCAGGAAACGAUGAACAAGUUAUACUUCAUGACGUUGAAAGGGGUGAGACCCUCAAUGUUUUCCUCCAUGAAGAUGCUGUCUAUGGCCUGUCGGUUAGUCCCAUCAACGACAAUGUGUUUGCUAGUUCCUCUGAUGACGGAAGGGUUUUGAUAUGGGACACCCGUGAGCCCCCUCAUGGAGAGCCCUUCUGUUUGGCCAACUACCCAUCUGCAUUUCACAGUGUGAUGUUCAACCCUGUGGAGCCCCGGCUGCUGGCCACGGCUAACUCUAAGGAGGGAGUUGGCCUUUGGGACAUCCGUAAGCCUCGCAGCUCCCUUCUGCGCUAUGGGGGCAAUCUUUCACUGCAGAGUGCUAUGAGUGUGCGCUUUAACAGCACUGGCACCCAGCUGCUGGCACUCCGCCGCCGUCUGCCCCCCGUCCUGUACGAGCUGCAUUCACGGCUGCCCAUCUUCCAGUUUGACAACCAGGGCUACUUCAACUCCUGCACCAUGAAGAGCUGCUGCUUUGCUGGAGACCAUGAUCAGUACAUUCUGUCCGGCUCAGACGACUUCAAUCUCUACAUGUGGAAGAUUCCCAAGGAUCCAGAGGCAGGUGGCCCCGGCCGAGUGGUGAAUGGCGCCUUUAUGGUUCUGAAGGGUCACCGCUCCAUUGUUAAUCAGGUCCGCUUCAACCCCUACACAUACAUGAUCUGCUCUUCGGGCGUGGAGAAGGUUAUCAAGGUGUGGAGUCCUUACCAUCAGCCCGGCAGCACGGGGGACUUGGAGGGACGCGUGGAGGAUGAAAGUCGCAGCCUGUACACACACGAGGAGUACAUCAGCCUCGUGCUUAACAGCGGCAGUGGCUUGUCCCACGACUACGUCAGCCAGUCUAUCCAGGAAGAUCCUCGUAUGAUGGCCUUCUUUGACUCGCUUGUGCGCCGGGAGAUUGAGGGCUGGAGCUCAGACUCGGACAGCGACCUGAGUGAGGGUACCAUUCUGCAGCUUCAUGCUAGAGGGCGGAGUGGGACGAGAGGAGGGUCUGAUGCUUCCAUCGUUUCUGCCUUUGGCUCAAGGCGGCCAAGUGACUCCGAGCACUCUUCAUCAUCAGUGGCCUCACCUCCUCCGGAGUCGGCCAGCUCUCCUUGUCUGACGCGGAGCAGCAUUACUCCCUUACUUCAACAGACGAGGCAAAGGCGUCGGCCCUCCUAUCGGGACAUCAGCGUGCUCGAUCUGAUUAAUGACUCCUCUGAUUCCAGUGGGUACUGGCCGGACCCCAUUCCCAGGCCACGUUCGCCGAGUCCGAGGGACAAUGUGUCAUCUAGCACGUCCAGUCCAACAUCUUCCAGUAGCAGUGAGGAAGAGGAGGCGGAAGAGGAAGAAGAGGAGCAGAGACGGUCCACCAUGAGGCAACGCAAUGCUGCCAGGCGGCGCCUUGUGAAGUUCCGUUAUCGGGAGGAGAGACCAGAGUCAGCUGCUUCAGGGUCCACCAGAACCCACUACCUGGGCCUGGACUCCUGUGGGUACCCUGACAUUAAAGUUGAAGACCCUUCGUCAUCGUCCUCCGGGGAAGAUGGCUUAGGGAGAGUACCGGAAACAAGGAGCAGCAGAGAUAAUGACCAUGUGCAGUUUGAGCCCGACACCCCACCAGGCACAAGUGCCACACCGUCUCCUGACCUCCUCUCCAACGGUGGGCAGGGGGAUAAGGACACUGGUAUGCAAAGCCAAGAGGAGGAGAGAGACUUUUCCACUGAACCUUCCUCAGGACAAAACGGCCCCUCUCCUUCUACUCCUCCUCCUUGCCACUUCAAAGACCCUGAUGACGAACUGACAGUGAAUGGCAAUGGGACCCCAGGCUCCCUGCAGUUUAGCGAGGGAGGCUCAGCCGAUUUGCACAAGUUGGACAGUGACAGUUGGGGACAGAGCUGCAGCUGUCCACCUUUGGGCAGUGACUGUGGAUCACCCAUAAAGCACUGCUCAGGUGCCAAUGGGCGACAUCGCCCAGAUCAAGAGUGCUCCUUCUUGAAAACACAGCCACUGUGCAACGAUGUGGACAAUGCCAGCCAGACAGACUCAAGUGCAGAUCACUGUGAUGUUUCGCCAGAGCCAUCCCAGGCAUCAGUGGGGGUUUCGUCCAGCUCGGCCAGGCUGAAACGGACUCGAGGGUGGCCGGAUGACACGGACUCUGAGAGCCCCCGCUCAGAAAAAAUAUUCAAAACAUGAUGACAGCUGUCCGUGAGCGCUUGUGUGUCAGAAGCUAUGGCUGUCCUGGAUGGUGAGUGAAAGGACCUUAUAAGCCGCCAUGUUGUAGCAGGAGCAGGAACAAUAGGAGAGUGUGUGUGUUGGGGGGUUGGCAGAAAGGAGCCCACAGAUGAACUUGUUAGUGUCGCUGUGAGAUAAGGAAGAAGCUGAAGGCUAAUAGGACUAGUAGUGUUACCCCGCCGGCCUCUCUUUUGCCUUUGGCUUUGUUUUAUUUUGUUUUCCAUUUUUCUGAGCUUUGAGUUGCCACCGUCCCACCCAGAGAGCAAUCAGAAGAGGAGGAGGAUGAUCCAUGUUGCACAUGUGGCUUUAAAAACCAGCUUGAAGGGCCAGCAGAAGUUCAGUUCUAAAGCUGUUGAUGGUCUGAAACAAAAACAAAGAGGAGCCG